AGGAGGAGCAGCAGGAGGGGUGGCUGGGAGAAGCGGCGCUGCAGGUGCGGAAGCGCCCCCGGGGGAGCCGCCCGGCAGAAGCGUCCCCUCCACUGCCCCCCGCCGCUGGUGUCGUAUGGACGAUGUAAGCCGCGAAGGGCUGCGCUGCCGGGGCGGGCAGCCAUGGCCCCAGCCCGGCGAUAACCGCAGCACGGAACGGUCCGGAGCCGCCUCCUCUUGUGCCAGGGGGCGUGCGAGCGUCUGAGGGAAGCCGUCCUUGUUCCUCUCCCGCCUUCAGCCGCCGCCGCCACCAUGUCCAGCUCCUCCUCGCAGCCCCCUCCUCACCACGCGCCCCCACAGCGGAUGCGCCGCGGGGCUGCCGGCUCCCCCACCGGCGGCAGCGCCGGGGCCCCGGUCGGCAGCAACGGGGCCGGCGGCGGCGGCGGCGGCGGCGGAGGGGGGCUCGGAAGCGGCGGCGCCCCCGGUGGCAGCGCCGGGACUAGCCGGCUCCUCCAGCCCAUCCGCGCCACCGUCCCUUACCAGCUCCUGAGGGGCAACCAGCACAGCCCGACGCGCCCGCCGGCCGCCUCGGCCUCGGUCGGCAGCAACACCGGCCCGGCGGGGGGCCGCGGCAACGGCUGCAGCCCGCCCCCGCCCAGCACUCCCCCGCCGCUGGCCUUGGCGGCCGGGACCGCCACCCCUCCGGGAGCGGGCGGCGCGGCCGAGCCGGCGCGGGGGAAAGGCCGGCAGAGGCGCUCGCCCGACAGCGGCGGCAGCGGCAGGCGCAGAAGCAGCUCACCUGAGAGGAGGAGCCCCAGCUCGCCGGUGUGGAGAGUGGACCGGCCCAAAGCCCAGCAGAUUAGAACUUCUAGCACCAUAAGACGAACUUCUUCUUUGGACACAAUAACAGGACCUUACCUCACAGGACAGUGGCCUCGAGAUCCCCACAUACAUUAUCCUUCAUGCAUGAAGGAUAAAUCUACUCAGACACCUAGCUGUUGGGCAGAAGAGAUAUUAGAAAAGAGAUCGCAUCAGCGUUCAGCUUCAUGGGGGAGUGCUGAUCAACUAAAAGAAAUUGCCAAACUGAGGCAGCAGCUCCAGCGCAGUAAACAGAGUAGUCGUCACAAUAAAGAAAAAGAACGUCAGUCACCUCUCCAUGGCAACCACAUAGCAAUCAAUCAGACUCAGGCUUCUAUCUCAAGAUCAGUCCCUAUGCCACUGUCAAACGUUUCAGUGCCAAAAUCAACUGUUUCACGCGUGCCGUGCAAUGUAGAAGGAAUAAGUCCUGAAUUAGAAAAAGUGUUCAUCAGAGAGAACAGUGGAAAGGAGGAGGUGUCCAAGCCUUUGGACAUUCCUGAUGGUCGAAGAGCACCCCUACCUGCUCACUAUCGUAGCAGCAGCACACGCAGCAUUGAUACACAGACACCUUCUGUCCACGAGCGCAGUAGCAGCUGCAGCAGCCAUUCCCCCUGCAUCUCUCCCUUUUGUCCUCCUGAAUCUCAGGAUGGAAGUCCUUGCUCCACUGAAGACACGCUGUAUGACCGUGACAAAGACAGUGGGAGUAGCUCACCGUUGCCCAAGUAUGCCUCGUCUCCUAAACCAAACAACAGCUACAUGUUCAAACGAGAGCCCCCAGAGGGAUGUGAGCGAGUGAAGGUCUUUGAGGAAAUGUCGACUCGUCAGCCUGUCUCAGCCCCUCUCUUUUCAUGCCCUGACAAAAACAAGGUUAACUUCAUCCCGACCGGAUCAGCUUUCUGUCCUGUAAAACUGCUGGGUCCUUUGCUACCUGCCUCUGACCUGACACUGAAGAGCUCCCCAAACUCUGGUCAAAGCACAUCUUUGGCCGUGGAGCAGCUUUCCUCUCGGGUCUCUUUCUCCUCUCUGUCAGACGACACCAGCACAAUGGACUCUACCGAGGUCUUAGUACCACAGCCAUCCCAGCAGCCACCACAGCUUUUGCAGGAACUGCAGUCCGAAGAACAUGCCUCUUCUCAAAACUACGUGAUACUCUAGAGUAAGCCGAAGUGUCAGUCUCAACUGCAUGAGUGGCAUCUUUCCCCCCCCGAACAAAAACCAAGCUACUUCUCAGCAUCCUUUCUAGAAUUCAGUGCUGUUCUUGGCAGGGAUGGAAAUGCUUUUCUUCAGCAUUUUGUGUGCGUGUGUGAUGGGUGUGGGGGUUCAGAAUGCUUGCAGAAUCUGUAUCAUUAAGCGUUUUAAGUGGAGACUAUGCAUUUCAUAGAAUGUUUGACCAGAUUAGUACUGUGUCCUGUGUUCUGUUUCAAAUUCUACAGUAUAAAUAAGCUCUAUAUCAGACGAAGGUUGCCUGUCUAAAUAGAAUAUGUCUUGCUGUGUUGUGUUCUAUGGAAGAUACUGUACUUCAGGAUUAUGUUUACAAUUUAUCCAGGUAUUUAUGUUUUGAACUUCUGUAAUACAUACAAUGCAAAAAAAAAUGAAAAAAGAAAGAAAUGGCCACAACAGUUGCACAGUGCCCACCCUAUGGCCUAGCUUCAGGUACUUCUCUCGAAGUCUAAACUCAGGUAACUUGGAAUGUAUAUCAUAUUGGGAUAUAAAAUAUUUUACAGCUAAAAAGCUAAAGAGGGAACAUCACUCUUCUGCCUUUCCUUAUUUUAUGCAUUAAUGUUUCCUCAUUACAUUCCACUUUAUUGGAAAAAGUGCAUUCAGGUCCAGGGGAAUACCAACCCUGGACAUGGGUGAACAUGAGGAGAACCAGCAAAUCCGUGAUGCUCCGACAUCACUUUGUCAUGUGGUUACAAGUAAAACAACUGUUGCAUUACUGUCAUUUCAGCGUGUAAAUUGUGGCAUUUAAAAGUUUCAGGUGUUGCACAGUUAAUGACUGUUAAGCUGUUGUGAAUAAAGUGUUCAGUACUAGGCUGUACAUAAGAAACAUUCCAUGGCGUGUGUGAGAGAGAGGAUCUAAGGCAAGAAUGUUUUCAUUUAAUUUCAGCAGAUUUUUUUUCAGGUUUCAGAAGGGGUGGUGGGAAUUUCCUCUCAUGUUUGUGUUGGCAAGUUAAGGAUGUGAGAUGCUACUGUUGCCGUUUUGAGAGUCUAAUUAAUGUUUAGUUUCUCUUUUGGAGGAAAUAUUCAUUCGUGUGCUGGUUUGGGGGGAAAUUCUUGCGUUUUUGACAAGCAAUGAUCGAUGAACUUUUAUUUGUACGGUGGGUAUUUCACACUUGGACUGAAACGCUCAUAAGCAGCAUAUGAGGUUUUGUAAAAAAAAAAAUAAGAAAGAAAAAAGCAAUAGUUUUUAAGUCACAUUAUCUAAUUGAAGCCUUUCCUAGGAAUCUCUGGUUUAGGCCACUAGCAGGUAGAUUCUUGCAGUUUGAAGAAGGCAGGUAGGUAAAAUGCUGGCGCUGGUGAGUUGUACACGACUUCAAAAAUGCUGCAUGGCCUAAGCGCAUCCAGUAGUGUCACCUUACUGCCCUGCAACUGCAAGAGCACGGCUUUCAGAGAUAACGCCUUGCAAUACAAAGAAGACCCCAAAGGCAAAAGAGUGAUUCUUGUGUCUUUGGUUUCAAUUCAGUGGAAGUAGCUUUAUGCAAGUCGGUUCAGAAGAAAGCUUGCUUCCCUUGUGUCAGGAACUGAAAAGAUUAACAGACUGCAGCUGUUGCAGCAUUUAUGUUCACUCCACCACUUUUUCUUCUAAGGAAGUAUUUUAGGUGGAGGGUAGACUAUUUAAAAUGCCUCCAUAAAGAGUACCUAAGAGAAACAGCAAAUAAACAGUGCACGCCUGUGUGUGUUGCUGCAAGAUGAAGCCCAGUUCCUUCCUAUCAUCACCAAAGAGUUUGGUACUAAUCUGUUAGGAGGUGUAGACCGACAGCCUCUAAUACAGUUGUAUGACUGUAAGCACAGGCUGAUAGAGCGGAAAGGUAAAGAAAUGUUUGCUUUUUUUUGUUUUCAUGCAGUAAAUCUUUUUAAUACAGACGUCUUUAACCUUGCUAAUCUCAGGCCUUGGUGAAAGCACUAUGUAGUUUGUACUUUGAAGUGUAAGGAAAAAGCAUCCAGUUCUUGUGACUGAAACGUGAGUUCUUUGAAGUCUGACAUUUCGAGUUGAAUAUUACAGUACACUUUUCUUAUCGUCUAGUGUUUUCCAAAUAUAAAUACAUAGUUGUUGGGGCUGACAGGAUACUCUGCCAGGUGACCUAAAUCAAGAAUGAACUUUGGUGUACAAUAUUUACAGUGAUAUUAUGUUUUCCCAUGAGAAACUAAAUAUUAAUUGUCACACACAUUUUUCUUAGCAUAUUGGAAGGUUCUGAAUCAAAUUUGUUAAAGCUGAUGCUUUGCUAUGUAAAUCUCCCAGCAGUUGUUGAUCUCCAAUAUAUCCUACAUCCAGCUAUAGAAAUUUGUCAAAUAUUUGUUUCAAGAGUUUUGUACAUAGUUGUACUGUUAUUUCUAGCCACUGUGCUGAACAGUAUUCAAAUUACCACACUAUUGCUUUAAACAAGAAAAUGUGUGGCUUUUGUUUUGUAUUUUUUCAGUAUAGAGGUUCCUGUGUCUUAUUUAAAUAAAAUUAUUAGGAAAAAAACAA